AUGGGAUCAUUCUUCCGCGAUAGGAGCUACACACUAGGAAACCUAAUCGGGAUAUCAAGCUUUCUAGAGCUUUCGAGAAGAUCAACCCGAACCAGGAUUGAUCAAACAGCUUCUAGAAACCAUCAACAUCAGAAGAAUCUCAAAUGUUACAAGCCAUGGAUCUUCUCUAUAUGUUCCAAACUAAGCUCAAAUGCAACCGUCAUUGCCCAUAACAAGAUUAUAAACGAAGAAAACAAUGGGCGUAACAAUGUGCAGUCUCUCGGACAUUUCCUCAUGGUGGAGAGACGAGCCACCGGAUCAACCACACGGUCCAGACCGACUAUGUGA